UCACAGCUUCUCCUCGCUUGAUUCCGUCGACUCCGUCCACCAGAGACCGACUGAGCUUCGCACCACCUGGGGAGCCAAUUUGAUAACAAGCGCACCACAGUCCCGAUAACGCCCACCGAAACCAUGCUCAGUUUCACCUUCCAAUGGCCUCAUGAUGCCGAAGAGGUUUACGUGACUGGCACCUUCGACAAUUGGACCAAAAGCUACGAGCUCGACAAGGUUGGCCAGGUGUUCCAGAAGACCGUGACAUUCCCGGAAUCGUCCGGCAAGAUAUACUACAAGUUCGUUGUCGACGGCAACUGGACCACUGACCCCGCUGCGCCGCAAGAAAAGGACCAGGACGGCAACGAGAACAACGUCCUACUACCCGAACAAAUGGAGAAGCUCGAAGAAGCCUCCCAGGCGGCGGCCAUCAACAACCUUGUCCCGGAGUCCACCACGGCCCAAUUGGCCGGCGCAGUCCCUCUGGAGGACAACAAAGAGCACCAAAAGGAGGAGACGCAGGAUGGAAAGGAGCACGCGGGGCAAGAAGCUACCUCCGGCGCGGCCAUUCUCAGCUCCGCCGCCCCCGACUCGACCACGGCUCAAUUGGCUGCUGCCGUGCCCCUGGAGGAGAGGAAGGGCGAUGCCCCUGCCCCGGGCGGCUAUCCUGAGACGCCAGCGACCGAGCUCGACAAGGAGGUGAAGGUCGAGCCGCUUCCCGCUGCCGAGGGUGCGGUCAACCCAGUCAAGCUCGCGCCUGGCGAAGAGGUCAUCAAAGACAUCAAUGCCGGCGCUGUCGACAGCCAUGUCACUCUUGACAAGGAGUCGUACGAAAAGAGCGACCGCAUCCCCGGCGUCGAAACAACGCUUCCCGUCGUUGGUGCCAAUGAUGUCACCAUCAACACUGUCGUGCCCGAAGCGACCACUGCCGCACUCGCCGGCCAGGUUCCCUUGGAGGAGGCGAAGGUGCCCGAGAUCGUCAGGCAGAGCCAGCUGGAGGCCAAUGUUGAGCCAGAGGCAAGCGCUAUCAGCGAGGAGGUGAAGGAGAAAGCUGCCGUCGAGCAGGAGCUCCUGGAGAAGGUGCCCGAAGCCCCCUCAACAUCUGAGGGGACUGCUGGCCAGGACGCCGAGAAGUCAGGGACCGACCAGACGGGGGCCGAAAAGGUGCUUGCUGCGGCUACUUCGGCCGGCGAGGUGGCAUUGGGUGCUGCGAUCGUAGCCGGCAGUGCUGCCGCGGAUGCGGCAAUCAAGGCCAGCGAUGCUGCCACCGGGGCUGUAACCAAGGCGGGCGAGGCUGCGGCGGAUCUCACGGCCAAGGCGGGCGAGACUGCGGCGGAUCUCACAGCAAAGGCUACAACUGCCGCCUCCGAUGCGGCAACCCACCUGUCCGAGGCUGUCAAGGGAGUCACGCCGGGCAUGCACGACAUCACCAAAGAGGAAACGCAGGCCGCCGCUGUCGAAAGCGUGAGCUCAGAAGUUCCGGCUGAGGUCAAGGAAUCCAUGAAGGAGGCCGGCGCGAGCCCGGAAGCCGCUGCUAACACGGCUGCUGUCGAGGAGAAACAGGAAUACGAGGCCGAGCUUCUGGAGAAAGUGAAGCCUGCAGCGGCGGUUGGCGAAUCGUCCACCGAGGAUGCGGAACAGACCAAGGCCGCCGAGGAGAGCAAACCUGGCGAGGAGACGAAGCAGGCUGAGACUUUUCCCAAGCCUAUCGAGGAACCGGCACCUGCCGAGGCGCCUCAAGCCGAGACAACACCUAAGCCAGUGGAGGAGGGGAAGGCCCAGACCGUAGAGCCGCCUGAGCCUGUGGUUGCCGUCAAGACCGUGGACGAGGCCAAGCCUGCGGAGGCGGCGGCUCCCGCUGAGGAGGCGAAACCUACCGAGGAGGUCAAGGCCGCGGAGGAGACUAAGCCUGCGGAGGAGACCAAGCCGGCGGAGGAGAUCAAGCCGGCGGAGGAGACUAAGCCUGCGGAGGAGACCAAGCCGGCGGAGGAGACCAAGCCGGCGGAGGAGACCAAGCCGGCGGAGGAGACCAAGCCGGCGGAGGAGACCAAGCCGGCGGAGGAGACCAAGCCGGCGGAGGAAACCAAGCCUGCGGAGGAGGCCAAGCCUGUGGAGGAAACCAAACCUGCGGAGGAGACCAAGGCGGCUGAGGAGCCUCAGCCUGUCGUCGAGCAUCCCGAGUCGACUGAGCAAACCGCAUCGGCAGAAGCUGCUAAGGCAGUCGAAACGCAACCGGCCACUAACGGUGCCGCCGCGGGCACCGCCGUGGCGCCUACGAGCACGGACAAAGCAGCCGUCGAUGGGCCGGCCGCCUCCGAAAAGAAGAAGAAACACCGGAUUAGCGGCUUCUUCAGCAAGCUGAAGAACAGGUUCGCCUAAGCUAGGAUGUUCUAUCCUUAGGCGCCUGUUGUGUAUUAGUACGUCGGAAAGUUGGCUUCUCCCAUUUAGCGGCACGAUGAAGCGCACGGGAUGGAGUCUGAUGAAGGAUGAUGAUGUUUUGCCGUCACGUUGUCUUGUCACCCCUUAUGCUGGGAGGCUUGCCUACGGUUCAUUUCAACUCGGUCACUUAUUUGUUGGGAGGCAGAAUUUGGUUGUGGGGAGGUGCGAGUCGUUGCGAAAUCCAGCCCCCAUCAUCACAGUUUGCGUUUUUCCGUAUAGGGGCUUUGUUUAUUGUCAGUGUUUUGCUGGCUUCAGUUCCUAUUCGCGGAGUCUAAUAAUCCAUACGCUCUCGCUAAGUUGGGUUGUUUUGGACGCGCUCAUAGGGUGAGGUUAAUUGACCAAGAUCACGUUGAUGUUUUGUGUCUGGGUUGCAAUAGCUGGCUCGAAGACUUGGAUGGAGCUAUCUGACCUACUUCAGUCGGGAUACAUGUGAAGCAUUCACUUCAAUUUGGGUCACGAAGAGCUCGUUCGCCGGCGUGGCGAGCUCCGUCGCUCUCCGUGGCGGGCAUGUUCUUAAAACUCGGGUGUUUUGGGGGUCGGUGCUACCGUGCACGUUUGCUAACUUAGCAGCCACUGAGUCAGCUGAUCAAAUGCAUGACGGACUUGCUCCGCCAGUGGUGCGCUCCAUGCCGG